AUGGGUUCCAAGAGUAUUGCAUCCUUUACCUUUAUCCUCAGCCUCAACCUUUUUCUGUUUUCCAUGGUUGCACCACAGACACCACCGUCACCAUCACCACCACGAGAAUGUCCAGAGCUGGGUUUGUGCGCUGACGUUUUACGUUUGGGUCAGAGUGUCCGCCCAGAAAACGGGUGCUGCACCCUCCUUGGUAAUCUUGUGCAGGCUAAUGCCACUCUGUGCGUUUGCGACAUAGCCGACACCCAACUCUUAGGAAUAGACAUUGGUAUUAACCUUAAGGUGCAGCUACUAUUAAACUUAUGUGAUCAACAGAACCAGACCAUCAUUUGCAAUUAA